CCGUGUCUAGAGGCGGCUGUGAGCUCAGGGGGUCUUUAGGCAGCCCGUCUGCUGAUGGGUGGGGCUGGGUCCCUGCCCAGUCAGUUGCUUGGCCUGAGGCGUCCAGCACUGGCACCUGUGGGCUGUCAGGCAGGGCCAGGCCUUGGCACUAAUGAGCUGGAGGGAGGCUCCCAGCAGGCCAGCCGCCGGGAAGCGGCAGCGUCCACGCGGUAGGACGGUUCCUGAGGAUGCCACCUGCCCGUGUCUGUGUCCCCAGAGUCAGCAGCAGCCGCCCCCGCUUCUCCGGGAGACUCUCCAAGCCCAGCAGGAACAAUGGGUAACCAAAUGAGUGUUCCCCAAAGAGUCGAGGACCAAGAGAAUGACUUGGAAGCAGACACUCACAAGGUGGCAUCUGGGGACGAGUGCGGUCAAAAUGGGAUGCCGGUGAUGGUAUCCACCCGCUCCGUUCAACUCUACCAUGAAGUCGAUUUGGAAACAAGUGUCCAGGAGGAUAAUGUGGCCACUUCUUCCCCCAAGACAAUGGAGAUAAGCGCUGUUGCGGAUGCCAACGGGGAGAAUCUUGGGAAGGAGGCCAAACCCCAGACACCAGCUGCUAAAUCUCGUUUUUUCUUGACACUCUCUCGGCCUGUACCAGGACGUACCGGAGACCAAGCCACGGAUUCAUCCACUGGACCAGUGAAGCUUGAUUUCAGCUCCGAUAAAGCUCUAGGGAACAAAGACCCGAGUGAGCCCAUGGCACUUCCGGUGGCAGCUGCUCUGGGGUGCGACCCAGAUAAAACCCCCGUGCAGACCCCGGCCCAAGCCGAGGGCCUCUCUGCCACUUGGGGACCAGAGUCUCGUCUAUCUGAGUCCAGGGGGGCAGCCCCCUCCAAGCCCAAGGACUCCAGCUUCUUUGACAGACUCUUCAAACUGGACAAGGGACGGGACGAGGCCCUCGUGGACCGCCAACAGGAAGCUGAGCGUGCAGAGCAUCACCACCCCGCCGCCAAAACUCCUGGAUUCUCCACGCAGUCGGACGAUGUCCCUGCAGAGAGGGACAUAGCUGACGGCACGGGAAAAGAAGGACAGGAAAUCCCAACUGUGAGUUGCUCUGUCCCCGGGGUCCCUGAAGAACUGGAGAUUGCAAAGGAGGACCCCCAGACAGAGAAUAAUAAUUCCAUCAUGAGCUUCUUUAAAACUCUGGUUUCGCCUAACAAAGCUGAAACAAAAAAAGAUCUGGAAGACACGGGUGCCGAAAAGUCACCCGCCACUUCAGCCGACCUCAAGUCAGACAAAGGCAAUGUUACGCCCCAGGAGCCCCAAGGGGCUGCCAAGAAUUCUACCACUGAAAUAGCAAAGGAAGGUGCCAAGGAAAAGGGGGGCCCCACCUCUCUGCCUCUGGGCAAACUGUUCUGGAAAAAGUCAGUUAAAGAGGAUUCAGUUCCCACAAGUGCAGAGGAGAAUGUGGUGUGUGAAUCACAGGUAGAGGCUGUAAAGUCCGAAGAAGUAGAAUCAGCCUUACAAACAGUGGAUCUCAGCGAAGAAGGAGAUUGCACACCUGAACCCGCAGAAGAAACGCUCAAGAGAGCGGAACGCAAAGCACCAAGACCCUCCCUGAUGGCGCUUCUCAGACAGAUGUCAGUGAAAGGGGAUGGAGGGAUCACCCACUCAGAAGAAAUAAAUGGGAAAGACUCCAGCUACCAAGCCUCAGAGUCGACUGAGAAGGCGGUGGUGCCGCCGGAGUCAGAACCGGCAGCCGCUGGCCAGAAGGGCAAGGAGGGCUCCUCCAAGGACAAGAAGGCGUCCGCCGAGACCGAGAAGCAGAAGAGCAGCAAGCCGGAAGCCAAAGAGACGGCCCCGCGCGCGGAGCCGGCCCCGGUGGAGGUGAACUCGCUGCGGGACGGGGACAAGCCCCAGAAGAGGCUCGAGAAGCGGCGACAGCCCCUCGGGGGCUUCUUCAAGGGCCUGGGACCAAAGCAGAUGUUGGACGCUCAAGUGCAAACAGACCCCGUAUCCAUCGGACCAGUUGGCAAAUCCAAGUAAACAAAUCACCACGAUUCCCACCAAGUUCUGCCACCAAGAGGUCUUCUCCCUACUCCAUCUCCUCCCCAACCCCGCUCCAUGUAUAUAUGUUUUCUUCUGAUGGCCAUCAAAUGAAAUUCUGCCUACAAAUUAA